GGGCAGAGCGCCGCGCGUGCGCAGGAGGGGGAUCAGCAUGUGGGCUACCACGGCCGGGCGGUGAGAUGCGGAGGGCGGUGCGGCGAACCGAUGCAGAAGCUGCAAGGGACGCUGCUGCGGGGCACAGGGAGUCUCUGUGUUGGGGUGAGAUGUUACUCCUCGGCCAGGGUGAAAGAAGAAACCAGGAAACUAUGGUUACAUGAGCAGGUGGAACUGUUGGAGGUGCUGGAAGCCAGGGUGAAGCAGUUGCGGGCUGAUCACGAAUCGGAGCUACUGAAGCCCAAGAUCCAAAUAUGUCGGGUCAGGAAAUUGGAGUACUGUCCGCCUCCCCGGGUGCAGGAAACCGCUGCACCCCUAUCAGCUCAGAGCAAGCAAGUCCCAAAGGAUAAAGCCAUCCGUACCAUCAAGUCGACGAGUUGGAAGACCAAGCUGAAGAUGGAAAAAUAUGCAAACAGCAUGGCGCAUUUGAAAAAGAAUACCAAUGUCUUAGAAUCCAUCCUCUGUUCUCAUCAAACUCUGGAGGGCAAAAACUCCGAACAGUCCCCAGCGUCAGUCUGGAAAUCGGUAGCACGCGGCUCCAAGGCAACUGAAAAGUCGAAUGGAGACAUUGACCCAGCUGUGAGUCUGGCCUGGGGAACAGCCCGGCCUCCUGUUUCUUCCACCACCAAGGGCUCCAAUGAGCCUGUGCCGAAGCUUAACGAGAGGUUGCUUCAGGAAAUGGGAGUCUACCAGGAUGAUAUUCGGAUGAGCAUCCUGGCCUACAUUGACACUUGCCUCUUCCUGAGCCAGAAGAAGAGAGCCCUGCAGUGUCUGUUGUACUUCCACAACUCCUUGCAGCUGAAGAAGUGGUUGAGUGCACAGAUGUUCAGCCUUCUCAUGUGCCACUACGCCAAGCAGGCUGAGCUUGAGAAAGUUGGCUCGCUGUUUUCCAUGCUGGAGGAAAAUAAACUCAAGCCGAAUCAGGACUGUUACAUGGCUGUGCUGAGUUGCAUGGGCCGAAUGAACUGUGAGCCCCAUAUCAUUUCAAGGUGUAUCAAGCAGCUGGAAAGUGAUGGCUUCUCCCUGGAAGACCUCUUCCAGGAUUCCACACACGAAGACAGUGAAGUGAGGAUGAUCCUGAGAGCCAUCCAGAAGGUCAAGCCAGACUUCAAACCACAUUUCUUUUCCCCUCAAACCUGUACGGUGCCGCUACUGGAAGAAUUCUAUAAGAAGGAGAAGCCCAUUUCUUACGCCAAGCUCAAUUUCACAGUGCAAGAUCUGCAGCAGCGGUUUCAGAAACAAUACAGCAUGGAGAAUUCCGACAGGGUCACCAUUGAGUCGGUGGAAGCCGCUAAGCCUAUCACGGCUACUACUGUCAAAGCGCGGACAAGUUUGAGCAAGAUCCGUUCCCACUGGCAGACAGCUCUUCUUCGCAACCUGAAGAAACUCAAGGACCGGGAGAAAAUUUGGCAUUCCGCCAAGCUAGACAUCUAUCCCUUCCUUUGCGUGCUGAAGGAAAAGGAAUAUGUAGAUCUCCUGAUGCAGACGGUUUUCAGCCUGCCGACCCUUGGAGAGAGCCUCAACAUCCUGGCGAAGGAUCUAGGUACCAGAGUCUACAAUAAAUACACCAUUCUUAGAAAAAGCCGGACCCUUUCAGUGGAGAAUUUUGAGAAGACCUAUGAAAGCUAUGCCCAACUUUUUGCCAAAGAUAAUCAGGUGAAUAAUUAUUUGCCACGGGAAUACUGGGAGAAGCUGAGAGCAGAAGCCGGUUACAGUCCUUCCUUGACGAGCAAGCAGUGCGUCUGGCCCCCGAGCCUGCUGAUGCAGCUGGGUUUCCAGUUGGUGGAACUGCUGGUCCAGACGCUCAAGCUCGACAAAAGGCUGCUCCCUUCGCUCCCGGAGAAGUCAGUCAUCCCCGUCCUGUAUCAUGUUUAUGCCUUCCGCGGCACCAAGCAGAUAGGUUUCAUUAAACCUCACUGUAUCCUGACCCGGCUUCUUCAGGAGGCUUCUGAGACCACUCUCACCUUCGACUCUUUUGUCCUCCCCGUGCAAUGUCCACCUGUGCCCUGGGUCUCUUCCCACUUUGGUGCCUACACCCUGUCUCCAGUCAAGCUGAUGCGAUGCCCUAAUGGGGUGGUGCAGCACCAACUGCUUUUAGAACAGUGUCCCCAUGACCACCUCGGUUUUGUCCUGGAUGCUCUCAACUUCCUGGGCAACUGCCCUUGGAAAGUCAACCAACCCAUAUUGGAUUUGAUCAUCUCCAUCUUCAAUGAUAAGGGCAAUGAGAAGUUGGGCAUCCCGCCACCACCGUCUUUGGAGGCCAAGGAGCUUGCCAAGCAGCUUGCUGAAAGCGCACCAAUGUCCAAGUUGGCUAUGAAGUGGAAGAUGGUGCAGUGCCGCAAGAAGGCCAGGGAGACGUACAGCAUGCGAAUGGACAUGCUGUAUAAGCUGUCCCUUGCCAAGCACAUGAAAGACGAUGUUUUCUGGUUCCCUCACAAUCUGGAUUUCCGGGGGAGAACAUACCCGUGUCCGCCUCACUUCAAUCAUCUUGGGAGUGACUUCACCAGGGGCAUUCUCCUCUUUGCCGAGGGGAAACCACUCGGACCACGUGGCCUUGACUGGCUGAAGAUCCAUCUUGUCAACCUUACUGGUCUGAGGAAGAAGAGCUCUCUGAAGGACCGAUUGGACUAUGCCAAUGAGAUCAUGCCAGACAUCUUGGAUUCGGCAGACAAUCCACUAACGGGCAGGACGUGGUGGAUGGACGUCGAUGAACCGUGGCAAGUUUUGGCGUGUUCCAUGGAGAUUGCAAAGGCCGUGCGGUCUCCCAGUCCUGCUGAAUACGUCUCCCAUUUCCCUGUCCAUCAGGAUGGUUCCUGCAAUGGGCUUCAGCACUACGCAGCGCUCGGCCGUGAUGUGAUUGGCGCCAUCUCAGUAAAUCUAACCCCAUCUGAUGCUCCUCAGGACGUCUACAGUUCAGUGGCUCUGCAGGUGGAGCAUUUCCGGAAGCAAGAUGCAGAGAAAGGGGUCAGAAUUGCUCAAGUCCUGGAUGGCUUCGUUGUUCGGAAGGUGGUGAAGCAAACAGUGAUGACGGUUGUGUAUGGGGUCACCCAAUACGGGGGGCGCCUCCAGAUUGAGAAACAGCUCCGGGAGAUUGACAACUUCCCCAAGGCGAAUGUUUGGGAAGCAUCUCACUAUCUCGUCCGGCAAGUCUUUAAAAGCCUCACCGAAAUGUUCUCAGGGUCUCGGGAAAUUCAGAACUGGCUGACGGAAAGCGCCUGGCUGAUUUCCAAGAUUGGCCAGACGGUGGAAUGGGUGACCCCCCUGGGUCUGCCCAUCAUUCAGCCUUACCAUCGCAAGAAAUCCAUAACGAUAAAGGGAGACAUGCAGAGCCUUUACAUAAAAGCAAACCACUGUGUGGACCAGAAGCCAAACACAAGGAAACAGAAAAAUGCCUUCCCACCCAAUUUCAUCCAUUCUUUGGAUUCCAGCCACAUGAUGCUGACGGCUCUGCACUGUCAGAAGGAAGGUUUAACUUUCGUCUCUGUGCAUGACUGCUUCUGGACACAUGCGGCCACGGUUGACUCGAUGAAUAAGAUAUGCCGUGAACAGUUUGUGGCACUACACAAGGAACCCAUUUUGGAGGAGCUUUCGAAGUUUAUGUUGCAGAAAUACUGUUCGGAUACUCGAAGGAAGAAAAAUGAGAUACUUCUCAGGAUCCAGGAGCUGAAACAGUUACUGUCUAAAAUUCCUCAGAAAGGUGAUUUCGACUUAGAGGAAGUGAAGAAAUCAACUUACUUUUUCAACUGAUUCUGCAAGACCAUCUGCCGCGCCUUUGUCCUCCUCCUCUGGAUUUGAAUUCCAACCAGGCCGUGGUGUCUGCCGGGCAAAAUAAGGAGCCAUUUCCUGUUUCUCUUCCACCUCAGCAGGACUGGAGAUAUUUUUGGUUCCUUAAAUAUUCUCCCUCUCUCUGACUUCUGGAGGGAGCCAGCCUGGCAAGGCCU